AUGAUUGCCAAAACGGCAGCAACAGCCUCUGCCCAGACGUUUACCUCUCAUGGUUCUUGGAAGAUAACCUCGCGGCCUCGGCCUGGCUCCCCAAACCAAGCGGCCCCGGUUAGGGCCUCGUCCCUCACAACUAGCGCGUCUGCCGAGGCCUGGGCCCUAGAAACCCAGCCCGACCCCCUCGGCCCCGGCCACGCCCGGCCCUUCGGCGCCGCACCGCGCACCCGGGCCCCCCGGGGUCCUCAUAGGCCGGAGGACACGCGCAGGCCUCCUGUCUCACCUCGAGUUUUACGGGGACCGCCGGCGGCGCCCGCGCCUCCACCCGCCCGCACACCUGGCCCCGCGCUGCAGUGGAGACAGCGGCAGAGACUGCCCGACCGUCACGUGCCGCAGAACCAAGAGGCCUCGGCUACCGCUGCUGCCGCGCGAGCGAGCCCCACCGCGCAAAGCCCGGCCCUGCGCCCGCCCCUCGCUCCUGAGUAG